AGUUCAAUGAUAAGCCACGAAGUGGUUAUGCGGCCAUUACUCGCAGCCUUUAGGCCAUACCGGCUCGCUGUUAUCGCCCGAUCCGUCAGAAAUCCACCGGUAUUCCUUCAAACAUAUCAGCAGGUACGAUUCCACCACCUCAUCCUCUCCAGAAACACCGGUUUGACCUCUAAAUCCCCUCUCAUUCCUCUUUCCAGAUACUCCACCAAGCCGGAAUCAGCCAAGAUGUCCGAAUCAGCCAAGAUGUCCGAACCAGUCAAGAUUCCUGAAACAGUCAAGAUGUCAGAGCCCGUUACCCCACCAUCACGCUUACAAGCCUUCGAUGUCAAAAAAAAUUUGCCGCAGUGGGAGGUUGUAAAGCACUUGUUGGGUUACUUGUGGCCAAAAGACAAACUUGGCUUCAAGGUGCGGGUGGUGAUGGCACUUGUGAUGUUGUUCGUCUCCAAACUCUUAAACGUGCAGGUUCCAUUUUUCUUUAAAAACAUCAUUGACAGCAUGAACGUCGAUUGGGCCUCCGAGGUGGGCAUGGUUUCAACCCUCGUCGGUGGGAUCAUCCUCGCAUACGGUGGAGCCCGGUUCGGGGCGGUCUUGUUCGGGGAGUUGAGAAACGCAAUUUUUGCCUCUGUCGCCCAGGGUGCCAUCAGAAAGGUUGCCGGCAGCACCUUCUCCCACUUGCUCAACCUCGAUCUCAACUUCCACUUGUCCCGACAGACUGGUGGGUUGACGCGAGCCAUCGACAGAGGGACCAAGGGUAUCUCUUACGUCUUGACCGCAAUGGUGUUCCACAUCUUGCCGAUCGCGUUUGAAAUCAGUGUGGUCUGCGGAAUCUUGACCUACAACUACGGCUGGAAGUUUGCCUGUGUCACGCUCGCCACCAUGCUCGCCUACUCUGCCUUCACAGUCCGCACCACCGCCUGGAGAAGCGGUUUCAGACGCGCAGCCAACAACGCCGACAACCAGGCUGCCUCUGUGGCGCUAGACUCGCUCAUCAACUACGAGUCGGUCAAAUACUUCAACAACGAGAGCUUCCAGGCAAUGAAGUACGACAAUGCCUUGGUCAAGUACCAGGACGCCUCCAUCAAGGUUGCCACCUCUCUUGCCUUCUUGAACGCCGGCCAGAACGCCAUCUUCACCGGCGCCUUGACCACCAUGAUGUAUAUGGCGUGCCAGGGAGUCGUCACGGGUGACUUGUCUGUGGGGGACUUGGUGUUGAUCAACCAGUUGGUGUUCCAGUUGUCAGUUCCGCUCAACUUCUUGGGCUCCGUCUACCGUGAGUUGAAGCAGUCGUUGUUGGACAUGGAGAACUUGUUCCAGUUGCAGAAAAAGAAGAUCAAGAUCUCGUCACCUCCAAAUGCCCCGCCGUUGAUGCUCAAGGGUGGUGAAAUCAGAUUCGAGAACGUUAGUUUUGGAUACCAUCCAGACCGCUGGAUCUUAAAGAACGCCAGUUUCACCAUCCCUGCAGGCCAGAAGGUUGCCAUCGUGGGUCCUUCCGGGAGCGGCAAGUCCACCAUCUUGAAGCUCGUGUUCCGGUUCUACGAUGUUUCUGAGGGGAAAAUCUACAUCGACGGCCAGGACAUCACCCAGGUGUCACUCGAGAGUUUGCGGAAAGCCAUCGGUGUGGUUCCCCAGGACACCCCGUUGUUCAAUGAUUCCAUCUUGGAGAACGUCCGCUACGGAAACUUGCAGUCCACGGACGCUGAGGUGUUUGAUGUGAUCAAGGAGGCGCAGUUGGACAAACUCGUGGAAGACUUGCCUAACGGGGUCAACACCAUGGUGGGCGAGCGAGGGAUGAUGAUCUCCGGUGGUGAGAAGCAGCGGUUGGCCAUAGCGAGAUUGUUGUUGAAGAAGGCCCCCAUCACCUUCUUUGACGAGGCCACCAGCGCCCUCGACACCCAUACCGAGCAGUCGGUGUUGAAGACGAUCAAGGGUGUGUUCCAGAAGGCGUCCAGCACAAAUAUCUCGAUUGCCCACCGAUUGAGAACUAUUGCCGAUGCCGACACCAUUAUUGUCUUGAAUCAGGGUGAGGUUAAGGAAGAAGGGACCCAUUACCAGCUCUUACAGGACCCUACGUCGUUGUAUAGCGAAUUGUGGGAUAUUCAGGAGAAUUUAGACUUGGAGGCCCAGUUAGGGGCCCAGGAGAGCGAAGACGGAGCGAAGAAGUAGGAAGCCUUUGCCAGAAUGGGCAUCAGACAGAGUGCUGCCAGAAUGUGUACAUAAUAAAACGGUCAAGCAGCGAGAAAUUGCUUAAUUUUAAGUAGAGGUCUAGUAGAGGUCUAGUAAUGGUUCGGUAAAUAGGUCUUUUAAAGGUAUGGUCGCGCGGGGAUUACAGAAAUG